AUGGAGAAUUACUACGUCAUUAAAAUUUUGGGAAGAGGUUCCGAAGGACAAGUGGUCUUAGCUGAACACAAAAAAACACAAGAACAAAUCGCUAUCAAACGUAUGGAAUGGUCAAGUUAUGAAGAUGCAAAUAUUCAUCUCAACGAAGCUCAGAAACUCAGAGACCUUUCCCAUAAAAAUAUCAUUAAAUAUUUGAGUGUCUUUCUUCAUCAAUAUUCAAAGAAAGCAGAGACACUCUAUGUGUGUUUAUGUUUGGAAUAUUGUCCUCGAGGAGAUUUACAACAAUUAAUUACGUCAACGAUUAAGAAAGAAAAGAAGAUGAAUGAAGAGGAUAUUGUGAAUUAUGCGGAGCAGAUUGCGGAAGGAUUGAGAUAUUUACAUGAACAUAAUAUAAUUCAUCGAGAUUUAAAACCUCAAAACAUACUUAUUGCUUCAGAUGGCACUUUGAAAAUUGGAGAUUUUGGAAUUAGUCGUGAAAUUUCAACUCAUUCGAUUCCCAAGACUCAAUGUGGCACUUUGGAGUACAUGAGUUAUGAAAUGCUCAAUAAGGAGCCUUAUGAUCAACUUGCAGAUAUGUAUUCGUAUGGAGUAAUCCUAUUUCAAAUGAUGACUGGAAAGCCAAUCAUGUUUUCAAUGGAACUACGAAAAAAUCCAAAUCUUUUUAUGGAUCUGGAACAUUUAUGUGUGGAAGAUUUUGGAUAUUCUCGAGAUCUCUUUCAGUUGGCCAAGUCGUUCGUGAGUUAUGAUAGUCGUGAGAGACCUUCUGCAGAACAAUGUUUGAAAAAAUUGAAUCGAUUGAAAGCUCAUUCGAGUAAGCACCAUGGAAAGCUUAAUUUGGUAUUACAAGAUUUUAAGGCCUUGUCCAAUGAUUUGAAAUUACGAGUUUUUUCAUUUCUUCAUAUUGAAGACAUGUAUCAUAUUGGUCUUUCCUGCAUGGAAUUUUAUAAUUUAUGGGAACACCAUUGGUGGAAAUUAUUUACCACAUCCACAAAACUCGGAAAGGAAAUUACCAAAUCCGUCUUACAAGAACAUGCUCAACAAGGAGGAUCAGGAAAUUCGUCUCCACGACGAAAACGAUCAGGAAGUGCCAAUUCCGUUAUCAAGAACACGACCCUUAGAGCCCUAAGUAUUGGAGUUGGUGGAAGUAACAACAACGGUAUGACGAAUUCAGUGCCUUCUUCUGAGAAUAUUUUCAAACAACAAGUUUUCAAUUAUGUGAAAUUUCAAAAACCUAAAAAAAGACGAGAUAUGAAUAAGAGAGGAAGAAAUGUCGUGAGUGAAAUACAUCCUUCACAAAUGGAUGAAGCUGCCUUAUUUAUGGCUCGUUCCUUAAUGUUUGGAUUUUCCUUAAAUGGUAAUCAUUUGAACGAAGAUCUUUUCACACCUCAAGAUCACAACGAUGAGAAUGCUCACAACUCACCUCAUCAUCAUCGCAUAGUGGGAGAAUUGAGUUUACAAACCAAUGCCGUUGCUGCUGUCUCCUCUUCAUCUCCAAUUUCCAUCGAUUCUCCUCUCAGCAGUAGUAAUGGUGGCAGUGGUGGUGAUGACAGUGGUUCUGCAUCUUCUUCUCAUCAACACUCUCAAACAAUGAUGUCUUCAACAACAAUCAACAACAACAACACCUCAAACAUAAUGACCUUCUUGCAUCCAUUACUGAAAUAUAUUUUUAACAUUUCAUCAAAUAGAGACGGAAAACUCUUCAAGAGUCAUGUGGAAUCGAAAAUUUCAAAAGAAGCGCUUUUAUUUCUGUGCAAACUUGUCAUCAAAUAUGGUUGCAAAUAUGGUCGAGUGUAUGUGAAUGUGAAAUUUCCAGUCGAUUCUCAACCCAAAGAAAUUCAAGCAAUUUCCAUUUGGCAAGAUCCAUACAAUACGAAAGGAAUUGGAUUUUGGAGAAUGCUAAAAUUGGGUAUUGUCAAAGCACCCAAGAGUUUAGGUCUAUCCUCCAUUUAUAGAGCCAUUAAGGCAGCUCAGUGCAUGGAAGAGAUUCACUCCUCUCUCAUGCCCAUUCACCAAAAACCUCAUUGGACUCUUCUCAGUUUUGUCGUUUCACCUCACUCUCGUCAUAAGGGUUUAGCAAACCAAGUCCUCAUGCCCAUCCUGAGAGCAAGUGAUGAAGCGACACUUGCCAUCUUUACCGUGGUGUAUCAUGAUGAUGACCACGAACAGGAGGAGGAGGAGAAUCGAUGGAACAAGAAGAAGAAUAAGAAACAACCACCAACACAUGAGGAGGAUGAGAAAAAGGAUUUUGUUCAUAAACAGGACGGCCGACAUGAUCCAUCCUAUAUUCCAUCCUUACAAGAGGUGAAUUCCUCAAGUGAUUGUCUUUCCUACUUUUUACAGAGACUUGGGUUUGAAGUGGUGAAGGAUCAUGAAAUGGUGAAACCCAAACAUGGGCCUGCCUUUACGGUAUUGAUGAGGUAUGGAAGCUAA